GCGAAAUCGCCAGGGACUUCUCUUCAUUCUCUUCGAUCCGACGACACUUCAUCAACCACCAUCAACCAUCGCGACAAACGCUGACUGGCGCUCAGCAGGUCAAACGCGUUUAUAUAUAAGCUGCGCUUGGUAUUUUAAUUCCCAUCUUUGUGCUCAUCCUCCGGAUCUGCGCCCACGUCAAACGCCUUGUGCUGGCGAACCAACGAGUCACCCUUGUGCUGCUCUCUUUGCCUCUCCGACAGGUCACACCUCCGUUCGAUAAUGUUGUAAACACCACGCGACUUGCGCAAUAUACAGAUGGCAUAGAGCUACUCUGCAUCUUUUGGUAGGAAGACGGACAGAGUUACUGUACUGAAGGAACCUUAUCUGAAUCAAAGGGUAUGCCCAAACUUGACCCCAUUCCCUUUUCCACCCUGCACCAAUCAACCUCUUUACCUCUGUCGCGUCAUUCUGCAUGGCUGGGUCAUCCCGCCAUCAUGAACCAAAGCAGCAACGUUGUAUCUGUGAUUUCUCUAUAACAAUGGAACCAACCACUUGGACUCUCUGCAGCAUUUAAAUUGCGAGAUGAGAAGAUGGUUACCGUCGUGGAGACUUGCUUGGAGAUAAAGCUCCUCAGCAUCGUCUUCUAGGGGCGAAGAGCUGUGGCGGCUGGGUAACCCAGAGAGGUCCAGGCGACGAAAACCAGGCAUCUACAAUCUGGCCAGUUUGCAGGCGAACGCGCACCUAAAAAAGCUGCGGCACGAGUAUUUGAUGAUAUAAAGAGCAUUCAUUCAUUCAUUCAUACAGAGUCAAAAAGGGCGUCAUGGCUGUUGAUCAUCGUCUUUGCGACGUUGCAGGCGCCUGUCUUUUCAGGCGCUUGUUUGGGUACAGGGGCUGGAAAUAACGCUGUUUUCAGCUCCAACUUCUGCUCAGCGGCACCCCAAGACAGCAACAUCACAGGGACUACGCUACACUAAAAUGCGGGUGAACACGCAUCUGAAGGAAACAGUGGCUCCACCACCAAAGUCAUUCCAGAAUGCCACUAUUUACCAACAAAGCAAUCUGAAUUGCUUCAGCGAUCAAAUUAUUGCGACAAAGCCAAGUUUCUAAAUCUCGCUUCGAGUUUAUCAUUCUCGAUUUUUUCUCGAGUUGCUUUGUCGACGAGCCUGUCGCACUCAAUUCUUUGUCCAACCUUUGAUCAACCAGCCAUACACCCUUUUUCUAAACCACCGGCCUUUUAAUGGAAGAUGGAUGGAUGCUCUUUAUCAACGCUCUCUACGCCUUAAUCUUACAGAAAUCUCACGAGAAUCCCUUUAUAUUAUUCUUCACAUCACUUAUUACACUACCGAUCUUCUAGUUCUUGUUGCAGACUUUGCUGAUGGUUUUUUUUGCUUUCUCUAGACUUUCAGAUUCAUUCACCUUGUCCCUUUCCCCAAAGACCUGGACCCUUGUCAGCCCGUCCAUUUAUCGACUAGCGUACUUCUAUGGUGGGCCACCUGCAGCUGCGAUAGCCGAAAGCCUCUCCCUAACAGCAAGACACUUGCAUAAAGUCUCUUGUCAGCUUAAUUUCUCUCUUAAAGCUGUUCAACAUAAUUGAUCCUUGGUCUCUGUGGUCGUAUUGCUGUUGUAGCAGCUGCCUCUUCUAAACACAGCAUCUAUCACAAGAUGCAGUCUUGGUCAAACAAUGGCCAAAACGGCGCCGAUGAGACACAGCAUCAAUGGCACAAUAACUAUGCCUUUGCAGGCCAAAACGGCCAAUUUGACCCUCAUCAGCCUUGGUCACAGCCUGUGAGCGAGCAGGCAGCCUACUCACAACUUAAUCCUCAAGAUGCUUCCCCGUCAAACUUUUUCGACUCUGAUCAAAGUCACCCCUUUCUCUCAAACACUCUGCAUGACUCUCAACAGGACCAAGCAGGCUACCACCCAAGCCAUGACUCUCUCUCUAUGAACCAACAAUUUUCACAACAGUCACAAGAUGUAAUGGAGACAGAUUUUAGUGGAAUUCAUCCUGAUAUCUACGGUCAACACGGCAAAAUGAACCUGGAUAGCGCCAUGGCUGGCAUUGGACAACUAUCAAGUCAUCCUCAUUCUACCAACUUCCCAUAUUCUAUGGCACCACAAAAUGAGUCAUCCUUCGAACCUUCUAUCCAGCAGUUUUCUCAGCAACAUGUAAUGCCACAAACAAGUAGGCAGCAGAGCCAUACACCAGUGCAGCAGUUUGACGGCAUCUCGUCUGCUUAUACCCCAGGUCAUAAUUUCAGUCGACCGCCCCAGCCAUCCCCGGUCCAGAAUCAGCAACAGUACAACCAAGCUGCUUUUUCACCUCCAGUGAACGGCCAGACGCCUCAACCACGACCGAAUGAACAACUGAACUUCCAACAAGGUCACCCGCAAGCACGACAGCAACCUCAGCCUCAACAGCAACCUCCUAAGCCUCAACAGCAGAUGCAACAAAACCAACCGCAACCACCACCACCGCAGCCUCAGUUCGCCCCCAAGCAACCUGUGGUCUAUCCCCAGACCUCGCAGCCUUUGCCUGGCCAGAACUUCCAGCAAUCGAUACAUCAUCAGCAGCCAUCCCACUUCAUCAACAACGCCACAUCACCACCCACAGCUAACACUCAAUACAUUUUGUCACAACCAAGCACGAAUCAAGAUACUGGGGCCCUUCAACCCGCGACGAACGAACCGCCUCCUAAGAAGAGGAAGCGAGUAGCUAAGACAGAAAUCAACACUCCUACUCCCACUCCGGAGCCCACUGCAGCAUAUGUCGACUCGCCUGUUGGGUCUCCUGCUGUGAAAAAGAUUGAUGAUCUCGAUGGCCUCUCAGCUCCGACUCCCACGCCCGAAGAAGCCCAGUUAAUCAAUCAGUUUACUAAGCGCACUAAGGCCGCCCAAGCCAAAUUUCCUGCUAUCAAGGGGCUUCCUCAUUUGGUUCAUGAGGGAACAAUUAAGCUUCCCGCACCUAAGAGCUAUGAUAAGCUUGCCCCUCUCGUGGCACUGCCAGCUCGUAGCGGAAGACAGAUGGUCCCCGAACUUGGUUACAGUCUUCCAUGUGAAGUCCAGGGGCGUUUCACCAGCCAAUACCGCCCCUCUCCAGAUAAGGGUGGACUUGAUGAGAGGCGCAUGGAGGCUAAGGUGCUUUUGGAUGACUUUGAUCGUUCCAUGAAGGGCUUAGGCAAACGGCGUCCCAAAUACACGGAGUACCCGCAUGCUUUCAAAGAGCAACUUAAAUCUGAUGAGGCUUCGAAGAACAAAGCCGAGAAAAAGGCAAAAAAAGAGCUUGAGGAAGAGCGUGGUAAGCCAAUCCGCGCAGCUACUCGCCCAGCCGACCCUGCUGAAGCUGCUGCCUGGGAUGCCAUCGGGAUGGUGCACAUCGAGCAGUCUGUUGCACGUACCAAUGCCCUGAUUGCAACUCGCGUUCAACAAGCAGGCGAGUAUUUCAUCAAACUUCGCAGCGAAAUGAACCGUGCCAAGCAGGAACUCGACCAAGCUAUCAAGGACAAGAAGCCGGAAGGUGUGAUUGCAAGGGAACGACAGGACUUUGAACAAAAGAAAGAAAUACUCUACCGAGCUUUGGACGCCACUAUCGAGCAUGCAGAUGAUGCGGUAUUGGAUAACCUUGGCGGUCACCAAAAGCUAGUUUUAAGUUUGGUGAAUGCGCUCAUCAUGUGUAUCAAAGCGAGUGACUUUUCGGGAAAGCUCCCCAAGAUUGUCCUUGAGAUGUUUACACAUUUUCCUAUGACGAAAAGGAUCGCUGAGACAACAAACUUUGAAACAGUGAGGAAACGUUUUGCCGACAAGGGAGACUCGGAGGUCAAAGAGCUUGUAUCAGAGAUCACAGUCAAAGUCAAGAAGCUCAAGGCCAGUGAGCCCGAAAGCACAGGCUAUCAAGGCACUUCUGCGUCAAGCAGAGCGAAGGCUAAACCGGGGAUGGAGCCUUCAGCCAAGCGUGGGCGAGACGAGGAGGCUGAAACAAGAACGGUUAAAAAGAUUGCAGUAGAAUCUAGCGGCAAUGCUCUUAGCAGGAAACUUGCGCAGCCCAAGAUUCAACUUCAAUCAGCAUCCAAAACCAGUGCAGCAAAGGCAGCAGCAGCUUCUAUUCUGCCUGGCAAACCCAGACCAGUAGCCAAACCUGCACCAAAGCCUGAAACCAAGGCAGACGUGAAGGUCAUAAGUGACGACAAGAUAAAAGCAGAAGCGAAGCCACCGCGAACUGAGACGAAACCACCGGUACCUCGAAAUGGGACCACUACCGCUCCGACCUCAAGCUCAGCCAGCGCCCUGUCCGGCAUUGCUUCGCUCUUGGACUCGAUCAACGCACCAAAAGCCGAGGCUCCUGUUGCACAGAAGGAGACAAAUGGGUCUCAAACCUCCGAAUCACCUGAAGAGAAGGCCAAGCGUCUCCGGAAAGAGGCUCGCCGUAAACUUCGAGUCAGCUGGAAGCCUGAAACUGAGCUUGUUCAGAUUAGGAUCUUCCAGAAGGAAGAAGCUGAGGACGAAGGACGAGAGUCGAACAUGACCCGAGAUGCCGCCGACGACCGAUCUGAAGGAAUGGUACUCAAACAGCGUGCGAACGUAGAGGAAGAAGAGGAUGACGAAGACGUUCCUUAUCAACCUUGGAUGGGACCUGUCGCAAUCGACUUCUCUAGGCUACCAACAGACGUCCGAAACAAGAACUUUGUUACCCGAGGUGGUAAUGUCACCUUUACAACAGAUGAACAGCAGCGCAUUGCGGAUAGGGAGCAACGGGAGCUCAUGGCUAUCUAUGCUGACCCCGAUGACAUACCGCCCUCACCCAAGUCACCGAUGCCCGAGGCUACUGGAACUGGUCAACAGAAGACUCAAUAUCUGCCUGAUGAUUCAAAGUUCCAAGAGAUCCAGCUUCGAUGGCGCGAUGAGCAGCAAAUGGGAUCUGAUGGAGCACUCUACACGGCCCUACAACGCAUCGAGGCAAAGAACAAUCCAGGAACUCGUCUCGAUUCGAUUCUGGGCAACCUCCGGGGCGCCUCAGAGGCGCCCCGCACAUCCCCUCAACAUGCCUCUCACUCACAGCACCAUCCGGCCCUGGCUAAUGAUACUCUACCUCUUAUCGCUGGCCGUGCCGUGUUGGAACAGGUCAUUGCGGUGCUCAAAUCCGACAAGGUCAAGAGCUGGCGAGACUCUAACCCAAUCACGAACGAUGCCUGGCGUGCCUUUCAUUACUCUGACAUGCCUACUCGCCUUUGCGGAGGUGCCAUUGAAGGUGUGGCCAAGUCUCUCUCAGGCAUGCCAUUUCCCAGUAAUUCGCCUCCAGAAUGGAUUCUCCAUGAUCAAGAGAAGGUCCGCGAGUGGCAAAUGGGGCGCAACAAAGAACUGGCAUCUCGACAGAAAAGGGCAGACGAAGAACGUGCGCGCGCAGAAGCGGAGGCCAACGCCCUGCAAGCAGCAGCUGUCGGUGCUUCGUCUGGCCAAGCCCCAGCCAAUCCUCAGGACUGGGCGGCCUAUUAUGCUCAGCAACAACAGGCUUAUGCCCCUUACAUGGCUUUGUUGCAGCAAAUUCAGCCCCAGCCCCAGACGACAACUGCACCUGCACAGCAGCAGCCGCAAAUUCCUGAUACCCAGCUCCAGUCUAUCCUGGCCGCUAUCAACCAGCCGUCGCAGGCUUCAGGCCAAGACUCGACCGCGACCUCAAAUGUUGCUUCAUAUCUCAACCCCAACGAUCCAUCAUACCAGCAGUACAUGAUGCUCAGCCAAAUGGCACAAGGGCAGCAAGUCCCGCCUCCGCCUCCACCACCCGCAGCGGAGCGAGAAUGGGAUAGAGACAGAGCAUACAGCCGAGAUAGAGACCAAGAUCGAGGUUGGGACCGUGAACGGACGUAUGACCGCGACCGCGAUGAUCAUCACGGAGGCAGAGGAGACCGUGAUGGAAAAGAUGGAAGGAAAAAGAAGCCUACUCUACCACCACACAAGCCUGCUAACAAAGCACUCAUUGGCACCAAGCCUUGUACUUUCUGGCAGCAGGGCAAGUGUGCUAGAGGAGACAAGUGUACAUUCCGACACGACUAACGAUGAGCUAUAUAAAGCUUGUUUACUAUAUUGAACCUGACUUGGAGUUUAGAAGUGGGAUAUAUCAUGGUGUAUUUUUAAUGUAACCAAAAAUUCGCAUCAGCUAAGGUCAAUCGAGGAUCAAGACAUUGAAUUCCCUAUACUAUGUGCCCGAGCGCGUGAUAUGCACCAUUACAAGAAGAAUUAAAAUCUUUCAUAUUCCA